CUUUAUUACUGACAUACAAUUCAAAUUAGGGAUAUUCCAAAAAUAUAUGUAAAUUAUUUUAGUUAAUGCAUUAAAACUACGUUCUUGGACAACCAUUCUAAGAAAUUAUAGUAUUAGAAUAGUUACACUUAAAAACAAUUAUGGAAGACAACAGUAUUGAAAUUCCGCCGUGUUUUGUAUCCACGAAUAAGAAGACUCCGUUUCUAGAGCUGUACGUUACCUCAGUCAUAGCGGCCAUUACAGGCGAGACCAUUGCCUAUCCAUUCGAUGUGUGCAAGACUCGUAUGCACAUCCAAGGAGAAAUCGCCAGCAAAACGGCGACUCCUCUCAAAUAUCGUGGAAUGUUUGGCACAGCGCUGGGCAUAGCCCGGGAGGAGGGUGUACUCAAGUUGUACGGCGGCCUUACGGCCAUGAUGCUGCGCCAUUCCACAUUCACCGGCCUCAAGAUGUUCUUCUACGACAAUCUACGGGAAGUGAUGGUCACCAACGAUGCGGAGGGUAAGCCGCAACUGGGCUUUCUACGCGGCGCCUUUUGUGGCAUGACAGCUGGUGCACUUGCGAAUAUAUUGUCAUCGCCCGUUGAUCUCAUCAAGAUCCAAAUGCAAAUGGAUGGCAAGCGUCAACUUAUGGGCGAACCUGCGCGUAUUAAAAACAUAUUUCAGGCAUUUGGCUCCAUUUAUUCGGUUGGAGGUAUUCCCGGUCUGUGGAAGGGCACGGUAAUAAAUGCCACUCGCGCAGCUCUGGUCACACUGGGCGAUCUUAGCGCCUACGAUCUGAGUAAGCGUCAACUGAUGAUUCUGCUGAAUUCGCCCGAUAAUCGACUUAUACAAUUUAUGGGGGCGAUGAUAGCUGGUUUCACCAGUGCGGUUCUUAGCACACCCGCAGAUGUGGUCAAGUCUCGAAUCAUGAAUCAGCCGACCGAUGAAAAGGGUCGUGGUCUGCACUACAAGGGCACAAUUGACUGCUUUACCAAGCUCUAUCGUGACGAGGGUUUCUUCGCCAUGUAUAAGGGUUUUAUGCCAUACUGGUUACGUGUUGGCCCUUGGGCGCUGGUCUUCUGGACAACCUUUGAGCAGAUCCGAAGAUUCCGCGGCGACGAGGGCUAUUGAAAGUGUCAAAAUUUUAUGUGUAUAUUAUGUAAUUAUGGAAAUAAAAGUUUUAAAU